AUGAGUGGAUCCAGGAGCCCGAUCUCCAUCCGAAGAGAAGACCAAUCCCAGCUGCUCAACGAGGAGUGGCCGCGUCAAGCAGCUCCGAACAAUUCAAAACCAAGAGCAGCAAGCACAAGCCCCAGGCCAGACGAUGGCAUCCUAAGUUACCGGAAAGCAGACUGCUUCUUCCCAACAUUUCAGCCGACUAACCUCCUUUCUCCGGUAGCAUACAUCAGUGCAGAGUCGGCGAAUCGCACAGGAUCAACUCUCAAGAAGGCUGUGGAGCAUCUUUCCAAUCCAAACACCAUCUCACUGGGGGGUGGUAUUCCUCUCAGUGACUUUUUUCCGAUUGACGGAAUUAGCCUGAGACCAAGUUCAUUCGACAAUGUCGAGACGAGGGAGAAGACGUCCUCCCAAACGACACUGCAUGCUACCAAGCACGAUAUUGCCGAUGAUACCAGCGUAUACGAUCUCUCCGUCGCUUUGAAUUAUUGCCCAGGCUAUGGAUCAGCUCAAUUCAUGCGAUGGAUUAUAGAGCACACAGAAAUUGUUCACGAUCCACCUUACGCUGACUGGCAAUGCUCCAUGACAAUUGGCAACACCUCGGCGUUUGACAUGUGCUUGAGAAUGUUGACAGAGCCAGGUGACUGUAUUUUAGCCGACAAAUAUACAUACUCAUCCUCGGUCGAGACUGCUAUGCCGUUGGGAGUCAAGUGCCGUUGGGAGUCAAGUUCAUCGGAGUCGACAUGGAUUGCGAGGUGGAAUCCUGCGGAACAUAACAACGCACGAAAGCCGUCGCUUUUAUACGUAAUCCCGACUGGCCAAAACCCUACCGGUACCACUCAAAGCCUCCAACGCCGCAAGGCAAUCUACAGAGUGGCCCAGAAGCAUGACUUGAUCAUUCUCGAGGAUGAUCCGUAUUACUUCCUGCAGAUGGAUGAAUACGGCUCUACUGCGUCUGAGAUUCAGUCACCUGUCGAAUUUUUUAAGAGGCUUGUCCCUUCAUAUCUGCGCUUAGAUAUUGAUGGACGGGUCAUGCGCAUGGAUUCUUUUAGCAAAGUUGUCAGCCCUGGGGCUCGUCUGGGCUGGAUUACAGCGCCUGCGCAGCUCAUUGAGCGAUACAAGAGCCACAGCGAUGUUUCAACCCAGAGCCCUUCCGGUCUGAGCCAGUUAGUAUUUUUCAAACUCCUAGAUGAGCAUUGGGGACAUGAAGGCUACACAAGGUGGUUGAUGCACUUGCGCAAACAGUACACUAUGAGAAGAGACUUCAUUUUGUCUGCUUGCGAACGUUACCUGCCAAGACAAAUUGUUAGCUGGGAGCCAGCCAAUGCAGGCAUGUUUCAAUGGCUCAAGGUAGACUGGGAACAGCAUCCCAAUGCUAAAGACAAGAUAGCCGACCUCAUUGAAGAGGAAAUCUGGCUAGAAAGCAUCUCAGCUGGAGCAUUAGUUGGUCGCGGCUCCUGGUUCCGUUCAUCGAAAGACGUGCCCUGUAACGAAGUAUUCUAUCGGACCACCUUUGCCGCAGCUCCGCUGCCCAAGAUUGAAGAGGCUAUCAAGCGCUUCGGUGAAGCAAUACACAAGGUGUUUGAACUGAAAGAGAAGAGUUGAAUAACAAUAGGCGCUCCAAUAAGAGCGAGGCCCCCCACCCGACUGGCAGCGUUACUGCUAUGCAUAGCAACAAUUUCACGUCUGGAGUUUGUAUAAGAAAAGUUUUGGCAUAUCCUACAUUUAAUUUGAAGAAAAUUUAC